AUGGAGCAGUUGGGGUGGAGGGGGAGAAGGAGGCAAAUCCCACCUGAGAUCAAGAGGCCGAAGCGGUGGGGUCGGUCCCGACAGGCGGCGCCGCGGUGGCGGAUGCCCUUUCGUCGGGGUGGCCUCGAUCUUGGGCGGCGGAGACAAAGACCCCGCGCCGCCGUCGGAGCCCGGACGCGCAGGGCCUGCGAUGACGUGCGGCGGCGGCGGAGGUGGGCAGAAGGUGUUCGGCGGCCGGAAUCUAGGGCGUCGACGGCGAGGGCGGUCGUGGCGGCUGGAAGGGAAAAGGGGAGGGAAGCAACCCGCGCGCUGAAAUGUCCCUCCCGCCAAAUGCUCUUUGUGGCAGAUAUGGCCCACCGGUCAGUUUCUUACAAGAAAACCGGCCCUGACCGCUUCGAUCCAGGGAAAACCGACUCUUUCUCUCCAUCCAGGCCGGACAGGCAAAAAAAACCUUCGUCUCCUCCAGACCACCAUCCCCCGUGCUACUUCACCCUGCCUCCCCCUCACUGCCACCACCGCCACACCCCGCCGGCCACUCCCUCCACCCCACCGCAACCACCAGCACCGCCCCCUCCCUCCUCCGCCCCCGCCCCCCGCCUCCUCACCAUAUGCCAUGCGGUGCUGCUCGCGGAGCUCCUCCUCGCGACCGGCGCAGUCGCUCGGGCGGACGACGACGAGUGGGACAGGACGAGCGACAGCGGGAGAGGGGUCGUGUACGGCGCGAGGAAGCCGCCCAGCUUCAGCGCGCCCAUGGUGGUGCUCCUCGUGGUGCUCAUCGCCACCUUCUUCUUCAUCGGCUUCUUCUCCAUCUACAUCUGCCAGUGCGGCCGCGGGAACUCCCCCACCAUCCCGGCCGCGGCCUUCCUCGUGCUGUCGCGGUAGGAGCAACAACAGUAGGCCCGGCCGCGUGGGCUCGACCCGGAGGUGGUCGCCUCCUUCCCCGCCAUGACCUACGCCGAGGCGAGGGAGCUCCAUGAGAAGGAAGCGGGAGGCAAGGGCGAGGACAGCACGGCCGUGCUCGAGUGCGUCGUCUGCCUCAGCGAGUUCGAGGACGGGGACCAGCUCCGCCUCCUCCCCAAGUGCAGCCACGCGUUCCACCCGGACUACAUCGGGGAGUGGCUCGUCGGCCACGUCACCUGCCCCGUCUGCCGCUGCAGCCUCGCCCCGGAGGAGCCAGCAGCCACGGCGGCGGCCGAAGCGGACGGCGCCGGCGGGGAGGAGCAGCGGGCGCCGGAGGUGUCCAUCGACAUGAACCGCGAGGGCGACGGCGAGGAGCAGGAGGAGAGAAUGAGGGAAGCAGCGGAGCUGGAGUGGAUCGACAGCAUGCGGCGCGCGGUGCGAUCGCGGUCGCGGUCGGGGCGGCCGUUCUCACACGCGCACUCGACGGGCCACUCCCUCUCCGCGCGGUUCGACGGCGACUUGGAGCGGUUCACGCUGCGCCUCCUGGAGCACGUGCGCAGGGACAUGGUGACCGCGGGCGAGGAGAGCCUGCGCCACACAGUGGCGCGGGACGCCGGCACACGCAGCACGCGGAUCGGACGGUCCGACAUGCGACCAGAACCGUCAAGCAGCGCCGGCGACGCCGCGGACGGUGAGGAGGCGGGGGCGCAGGAGGGAGGGGCGGUGCUGGUGGUUGCGGUGGGGUGGAGGGAGUGGCCGGCGGGGUGUGGCGGUGGUGGCGGUGAGGGGGAGGCGGGGUGGAGGAGCAGGGGAGAUGGUCUGGAGGAGACGAAGGUUUUUUUUUGCCUGUCCGGUCUGGAUGGAGAGAAAGAGUCGGUUUUCCCCUGA